AUGCAAAAAGCCCGCGGUCUGUCAAAAGCGCCGUCAAAGCCCGAGUCCUCCUUCAAACCCACUUGCCGAGUAUGCGACAAGACUACAGCCACAAGCUACAACCCGAUUAUCGCUUGUCCAGGAUGUACCAGAACAUAUCAUGACAGUUGUCGAAGACCUUCACUGACCCAAGGCGUUGACCCGUAA